AUGUCCGUAGGGACGUCGAGCGAUGAGUUGGAGGGCGACGACGAGCUGCUGAGCAGCAGCUGCUGCACCACCAGUAACGCAACCAACAACGCCGCCGACGCCACUGAUGGAGCCGCUGCCCACCAGCCUGUGGCCAUCCACACAAGCUGCGCGGUGCGCACCCUUGGCCGGGCAGCCGGCGGCGCCGCCAUGAUCGCCGUGGCCGGCUGCGCCGCGGCUGUCGUUUGCGCCAAGCUUCUCCGUCGGCGGCGCGCCGCCUGCGCCGCUCCGGCAGCUGCGCCGCCACCUCCCGCCUGUGCAUCUUCCACUGCCUGCGACGACAGUCUUCUGCUGUGCCAGAGGCUCACCGCCCGCGGCACCACCAGCCGCUCUCGGGCGUCCUCAGGCUGCAGCAGCAGCGACACCCUCACCACGGACACCAGCCCUGACAUCACCGCCACCUCCAUCGAGACCUCCAGCGAUGACAUCAGCAUCACCGCCCUGCUCGACCUCUCCACCUCCAUCGCCUCCGAGGCCGCCGCCGGGCUCAAGACGCCAGACAGCUGCAGCACUGACACGGGCCGCAGCACGGCCGCCGACGCCGCCAGCGGCCGCGAGGCCCCCGCUGCGCCCUGCAACAUUGACACUGCGCACCUGCCGCGCGGCGAGUGGGCGCCGCGCGGCAGCGAGCUGUAUGCUGAGCUCGAGUCGCAACUGUGGUGCGACGCGGAUGAGGUGUUCGCCGCCGGCACGCCCCUGGGCGCCGGCGGCCAGGGCGAGGUGCGGCGCGUGGCGCUGCUGGGCCGCUCCUACGCGCUCAAGUGCGACACCAAGGGUGACUCAGAGGAGGGCGCGUUUGAACGCCAGCUCAGCGGCGCGGCGGCGCGCGCGCACGUGGUGAGCCCCAUCGUGUCUGCGUGCGGCGACGACUGCGUGACGACCUACCACCUGUUUGAGCUGGCAGCGGGGGACCUGGACCACGUGAUGACUGGCCACAGGUACUGCACCGGCUGGGCGCGCCUGUCGCCCGACCAGCUCGCCCCUGUGCUGCGCCAGCUGGCCGAGGCCCUCGGCGCGAUGCACUCUGUCGGCCUGGCCCACAACGACGUCAAGCCGGCCAACUUCCUGCUGGGCUACGACGGCCGCCUCAAGAUUGGAGACCUGGGGCUCACUAACAAAGCCUCCACGCCACCCUGCGGCCUGUCCAAACUGUACGCGGCGCCCGAGUGUGCGUACCUGGGUGCCAUUUUGAACCGCAGCUGGCCCCCUGUCGGCUGA